AUGUCUCGUGGCCUCACGAGUGUGGCCUUAGGCCUGGUCUGUGGAGUUUCCUUCCUGGUGUCGCCUUUGAUGAUCUUCCGGGCGGAGUGGGUGGUGAGGACCACUGGCGCCCUGGCCCCCAACGAGAAGUUCCACCCCAUCGCCAAGCGCUUUUUGGUCGCCUUUGAGAUGACGGCGCUCUGCCUGGCCACCCUGGGCGCGCGUGCCUGCGCCUUCGGCACGGCUUCGGAACGUGUCUUUUGGACGAAGAUGAUUGCGGUGCCAUGCGCCUCCCUUUGCACCAGCUUGAGUGUCUUUGGAUAUGAGAAAGGCCAUCAAUUCUAUGGCAAGAAUGCAGGUGCCAAGGCCUUUGGAGUGAUGACAGCUUUGCUUCUUCUGGGAGGUGUGGUGUAUCCAGAACGUGACAUGUGA